AUGAUAUCAGUCAGUCACUCCCCAGCAGACUACAAGUACUGGGAGGACCAGAGUGAUGACUACCGCCAGCUGGAGGGGUCCCUGCUACCCUUGUGGAAGUUCACGGCGCCUGCUGUCCGUCGCCUGCUUGUAUCUGAGGUGUGCUGGAGCCCCGCCCAUCCUGACCUGCUGGCGGCGGCGUACACUGCAGGGGACACUGGGGAGCCUCCUGAGCCUGGCUACCUGUGUCUCUUCAGCCUUAAGAACCCUAGCGUGCCGGAGCGGUGCCUGUUGUGCUCCUGUGGCGUCACCUGCGUGCAGUUCCACCCCUCGAAGGACAGCGUGGUGGUGGCAGGGCGGGAGGACGGCAACGUGUUUGUAUAUGACGCACGCCACGCCCCUGAGCAGCCCCGGGUGGUGGUGUCCCGGGCCAGCGGCGGCAAACACCUGUUGGGGGUGAGCCAGGUGGCGUGGGUGACAACGGGGCCCGGGCAGCCUCUCUCUUUCUAUUCAGUGGGGCGUGAUGGGCGGGUGACACACUGGACCGUUCACCUCUCGGAGCUCGAAGCCUCGGAUGUGCUUCGCUCCGGGGACACUGAAGCUUCGGAACACGCGCCGCCCAGUGAUGACCGCGCGAAGCUUCAGGGUACCGUCACAUGUUUGGCCCUGAAGGCGGGGGAUGCUAACCUCCUCCUGAUGGGGCUCGACUCAGGGGCCGUGGUGGAGAUGACCCUGAGAGCCUCCACCAACGCUCUCUUCCACUACUCAGCCCACUCUGCUCCUGUCCGCCUCCUCAGCUGGAAUAGUCACCACGAGGAUGUGUUUGCGUCUGGCUCAGCUGAUUGGAUGCUCAAAGUGUGGGCGAGAAGUUACAGACACCCCAUCAUAACCCUGGACCUGGGAGCACCUGUGUCCGGCCUCACCUGGAGUCACCUGGGGGGCAGCCUGCUGGUUGGUGUCACGCAAGAUGGCAAGGUACACGUGCAUGACUUGUACCUGAGGAAGUGUCGCGCCCUUUGCUUGCAGAACGUGAUGCAGAGGCGGAGAUCCUGUCUAUCCUGCGUGGCAUUCAGUCCCUUCCAUCCUGUGCUGCUCGUUGGGGGGGAAAAGGGAUAUCUCGUGUCCUUCAAGCUGUCCCCCAACCUGCGGCGCCCCCCGAAGGAAGCAAAGGGCGCAGACGAGACACAGAGGCGGGAGAUAGAGAUGGCCAGACUGGGGCGGCUCAUCUCCACAGCCCCGCCCCAGUAGAGAGAGAGAGAGAGAGAGAGAGAGAGAGAGAGAGAGA